AUGACGACAAGUCAAUUCAAGAAGAGUAAAUUAAUAGAGAACAAUUCUCAGUCUCUUGAAAUCUUAAAAGAGAAGAACUUCAAUGAUGUUCCUUUGGACGUAGCCAUAGAGAUAUUUAUGAGAUUGCCUGUGAAAUCCGUAGCUAGGUUUCUCCUACUCUCAAAGUUUUGGGCCGAAAUUAUCCGAAGUAGACAUUUCAUCACGUCUUUCCAGGUUAGGUCUUCGUUGCAGCCGCGUCUACUAGUCGUGUUUAUUGAUUUAAAUAAACAAUGGAACUGCGAAGAUUGGUACUUCUUCUCGCUCUCUUCAUCAACAACGUCUUAUCUAUCACGUGUUACAUGUCCCUUUCCAGAUUAUGUGCACUAUUCUCAUUAUGUUAAUGGCUUGAUAAGCCAUGGAUAUGGUCUAGAGAAAUUCAUAACUAACCCUAGCACCGGUAAAUCCACAGUUUUAGGGAGAGUCCAAACCAAUAGUAAGGUUGCGCAAUGUUUUUUGGGGUAUGAUCCGGUUAAUGAUGAAUACAAACUAUUGGUAUUGUGCAUGAAGGAAAAAAUGCAACGUCAUGACGGUCGAACUCGAAUAUUACAACUAUCAUCUCAACAUCAAGUAUUCCCAUUGGGAGUUAAAAAGAAACCAUGGAGAAUGAUUGAUUAUACAACUCCUCACGGUCCUGUGCUGAACAGUGUGUGCAUAGAUGGUGUUUUAUAUUAUGUUGCUUUUACGGGCGAAGAUUUGUCACAGCUGAGCUUAAUGAGAUUCGAUUUGGGGUCUGAAAAGUUGGAUCUUUUUACUAGUUUACCCGCGGACUUUCCAGCUGCAUUUCUACAUGGUUUCACUUUGAUGAGGUACAAGGGGAAAGUAGCCUUAGCCACUAAAACUUUAUUUAUUGGUAUUGAAGUGUGGGUUUUGGAUCAGCAAGCCGAAAUUCAUGGAUGGUUGAAGAAAAGUUUCAGUAUCAAAGGUGUUAGGAGGUGGUUAUUUUGUGAUUUAUUUAUCACAGGCACUACUCAUACAGGUGAGUUUAUUUUGGCACCACGGUUCUAUUCUAAUAGCUUUUAUGUUAUCUAUUACAAUCCCGACACGAAAAGUUUAAGAAAAACCAAGGUUGAAGUACACGGAGGCUAUGACUUCAAGCAUCGGGAAACAAAAGCAAUGGUUUUUCCGGAUUAUGUAGAGACUGUUCGGUUGUUGUAG